UCAGAAUUCUGCUGGUAUGUCCGAUAAGCUGAAGGAACCGCCAAGCAGCCGUGACAGUACGAUGGAAGCGAAGAAUACCGUCGAAAUUCCACUGACCAGUUCCGACGGCAAGGAGGAAGGAACAACGCCCAAGAAGGCACCGUCCAGCGUCGAUUGGGAUGUGCUGCGUUCGUACAAGGGUGGCCUGAAGCUGGCGCAGGUGGUGGUUGGCAUCAUUAUCCUGGGAUUGGAGCAUCCUAGACCUAACAAUGCAACGCCGGACUACAUUCUGUUCUUUGCUACGUUGAACGCAACGAUCGUUACGGUGGUGGUGCUGGUGGAUUUAUUGUCAACAAAACAACCGCCUGCGAAUGAUUUAGGUGCGAAGCUGUGGGCUCGGGUGGAGCUUCGGUACGCGGGUUUUUUUGCACUGGUGCUGCACUGCCUCGCCUACUGGGUUCUGAUCGGGGCCAUCAACUUAUACACCGUUCCGGUGGUGAAGAUCCUCAGCAGUGUUUUCGCUUUCGUGGCCAGUGGGCUUUAUCUGGCCGAUUUUUGGAGACUUUGGAGGCUGAAUUUUGGUGGCGCUGGCGGAAUAGCUCCGGAGCAGCUGGUGGUGGAAACGAGUUAA